GAUUCAUAUCGGAUACUUUACUAACCAGACCGUGUUUCUACGAUACGAAACAAGACAACAUGUCUAAAUUGUAUAGACGGAUCGCAACUACUUUGUGUGCCAUUGUAGGAACAUUUAUCAUCUUCCAGUUCAUGACAACAUUUUGUUUUAACAACCACGAUAAGAAAGAUAGCAUUCAAUUCAAGAAUGACAUCAGGACACAUAAUCAGCGCAGGAAUGAAAAACGAGUAAGUCGGGGCGUUUACAGUGAAGAUAUCACCAUCGUGACAGCAUAUUUUGACCUUGGAACUUUUCGAAAAGGCAACAAAAAUUCUCGAAUAUUCACCAAACAAAUGUAUGAAAGGCGCUUGGGGGAAUAUGGCCGGCUCAUGAAUAACGUAGUGGCAUUCUUCGAUGACAAACACAUUUAUGAGACGUUUAAAACGAUCCGCGCGACACAAGAGAAGAAAACAAAGAUAUUUCUGAUCAACAGGAAGGCGCUGAGGAGUUUUCAAGUGAUUAAUAAAGUGAGGGAGAUCCUUUCGUAUAAAGGCUACCCACAGUUUCAUCCCAAUACGGUUGUGCCUGAAUAUGGCUGCUCAAUGAAUGCCAAGUAUGAACUUGUCGAGUUAGCUGCAAAGGAGAAUGUGUUCAAUACAUCUUAUUUCGCAUGGUUUGAUGGAGGAUUUUUUCAAAACCAGACUGACCACCUUCCAUUUAAGUUGGCUACCCCGCCAGGAUUUGACCAAUCGAAGGUUGGCUACGGCCAGAUGUUGCCUUUAAACAGCAAGCUGUCUCCGCAAGAGAUAUUCUUGACUAACCAAUAUUCUCUGUGUGGAUGUGUAUUCAUCGCCAGGCGUGACGUCAUGCUAAGAUGGACAAAAUUGUAUCGAUUCUACGCGGACCUAUUUUUAAACCGAGGGCUGGCCAGCACUGAUGAACAGGUCCUUUAUGCAAUGUUUUCCGACAAAAUUGACAAACCAACAAUUCGAAUUCAACGGUAUUGGGAAAGGCCAGCUAAAAAUGUUUGGAGUGUUUUGGGCUAUGUAAUGAAAGACAGCUGGAAGAAUCACCAACUCGGUAAUACUGCUUGACAAUUAUUUUACCGCUUGUAACCAAAGAAGAAAGGGCACUUUCGACAAAUUUGGAUGAAAUCUUGAGGUUAUUUAUUUUCGCGUGUAUCAAGGAGGAUACCGCGGUGGCGUCACGGCUUUUCCAAGAUGGCGCUGCAUAUUGUAAACAAACUCUAUCCACGGCCAAGGGAAAAUCAAGUCAUCAAAUAAAGUUCGAUUUUUCGCAUCAAAUCAGAGUUAUUAGUACUUUUCUGCUAUGAAAUAAGUCUUCAGACAAUAAUUUAUAAUUUG